AUGUUUGACACCUCUCCCUCCUCCCCGCCGUCGCCUCUCCCUCCUCCCCGCGUCGCCUCUCCCUCCUCCCCGCCGUCGCCUCUCCCUCCUCCCCGCCGUCGCCUCUCCCUCCUCCCCGCCGUCGCCUCUCCCUCCUCCCCGCCGUCGCCGCUCCCUCCUCCCCGCCGUCGCCUCUCCCUCCUCCCCGCCAUCGCCUCUCCCUCCUCCCCGCCGCCGCCUCUCCCUCCUCCCCGCCGCCGCCUCUCUCUCCUCCUCGCCGCCGCCUCUCCCUCCUCCCCGCCGUCGCCUCUCCCUCCUCCCCGCCGUCGCCGCUCCAUCCUCCCCGCCGUCGCCGCUCCAUCCUCCCCGCCGUCGCCGCUCCUUCCUCCCCGCCGUCGCCUCUCCCUCCUCCCCGCCGUCCCCUCUCCCUCCACGCGGUUGCCUCUCCCUCCUCCCCGCCGUCGCCGCUCCCUCCUCCCCGCCGUCGCCUCUCCCUCCUCCCCGCCGUCGCCUCUUCCUCCUCCCCGCCGUCGCUUCCGGCGACAGUGCGUGUUAGAGCCCGUGAGAGCGAGCGCGCCUGAGAGAGCGUGCGAGGGAGCGCGUGAGUGA